AUGCCUCUUAUUAUUAUUACAGGAUUCCCAUCCAGUGGGAAAACACAACGCGCCAAUGAAAUUAAAGACUUUUUAACAAGUAGACUCGAACAAGAAAAGAAGUCGUUCCGAAUUCACGUGAUUAACGAUGAAAGUCUGCACAUUCCAAAGGAUGCUUAUAACGCCAUUGGCACCGCGCAUUGUGUGGUGCAUACAGGUGUUCCUAUUUCAUUAGCUAAAGAGUGGAACGCCAAUCGAACGGAUGGAUAUGAUGAAAUGAUUUUUGAUGAAUUAGUGUCGAGAUAUGAGGAGCCUGAGGAACGCAACCGAUGGGACUCACCUUUAUUCACAUUAAUCCAUGACGAUGUAGAGAUUCCUGCUGAUAGAAUUUGGGAUGCUGUGAUAUUAAAAAAGCCACCUCCACCUAAUAAAUCCACCGUAUCCAAGCCCGUAUCUGCGACAAAUUACGUGUAUGAAUUAGAUAAGGCUACCUUGGAGAUUAUUAAUGCGUUUGUUGAAAGUCAAAGAGAAUUUGGACCUGGUGGAAAUCCAAUGGUCGUACCUAGAUCCCAAACCAAAGUCAUCAAUCCUUCACGCACGAUUACUUCUUCUGAAUUAAGAAGACUUCGUAAACAAUUUGUAACUUAUAACAAGAUGAAUACUACUUUAGACGUGGAUCGUUUAGGGGAUGUUUUUGUGGAAUAUCUCAAUUCCAAUUUAGAAUAA